AGCUGAAACACUGCACGCCAGGUUCGCUUCACUUAAGAUCACCAGAAAGACAACAAAAAGAUAAUCGGACCAUUUUCAAAGUAGGAGAGAGUAUGAGAGAUAUUGAAGAUUUAUAAGGGGAAAAAAGAGAAAAAGGUUUCGGAGCUGGAAAUUUUUUCCUCAAGAAAGAGGUAGAAGAAAAGAAAUGAUCGGGAGUCUGCUGCAGGUCGUCUGUUUAUUGUAAUCCGUUUUGUUUUUCUGAUGAGAUCGGCUAUCGAUUUUGAUUCGGAUGACUCGUUCUUCGAAAGAAAAUGGUGGACGUUUCGGUGGCUUCUCUUGUCCGAGCAUGAUGAGCUAGGGUUUGGCAAAUUAGGGUUUUUCUGAUGCGGUGUUUCACUGGAAUUUGGGUGGAUCUGCGAAGAUUGAUGAAGUAGCUGAGGAGUUCCAAAGUUUGGUCUAGAGAAAUGAAAGUCAUGGAGCGAGAGAUGGUGACUUCGGUUCUGCUCUGGUUGAUCCUGGUGUUUCAUCCGUUGACCAGGAUCUAUGCUAAUACGGAAGGUGAUGCUUUGCAUAGCCUACGGACAAAUUUAGAUGAUCCUAAUAAUGUUCUGCAGAGUUGGGAUCCCACACUCGUCAAUCCAUGUACAUGGUUUCAUGUUACAUGCAACAAUGAUAACAGUGUUAUAAGAGUUGAUCUUGGAAAUGCUGCAUUAUCUGGUCAACUUGUUCCGCAACUUGGUCAGCUUAAGAAUUUACAAUACUUGGAACUUUACAGUAAUAAUAUAAGUGGAUCAAUCCCAAGUGACCUUGGUAAUUUGACAAAUUUGGUGAGCUUGGAUCUUUACUUGAACAAUUUCAGUGGCUCCAUUCCAGACUCAUUGGGGAAGCUCACAAAGCUUCGUUUCCUUUGGCAUCCUUCGUUUUAUAGGUUUCCUACUAGGCAGAAGGAUAGCCGUCUUAACAAUAACAGUUUGACGGGUCAGAUUCCAAUGUCCUUGACCAAUGUCAGUGCACUACAAGUCCUGGAUCUUUCCAACAACGAUCUGUCAGGACCUGUUCCAGACAAUGGAUCGUUUUCACUGUUCACUCCCAUCAGUUUUGCUAAUAAUAAAGGUCUCUGUGGCCCGGUUACUGGAAAACCUUGCCCAGGAUCUCCUCCAUUUUCACCACCACCUCCAUUUGUUCCACCACCACCUGCCUCUUCUCCAGGAGGAAAUAGUGCAACUGGGGCAAUUGCUGGAGGAGUGGCUGCUGGUGCAGCUUUACUGUUUGCUGCCCCUGCCAUUGGGUUUGCAUGGUGGCGUAGACGGAAACCACAAGAACAUUUCUUUGAUGUUCCUGCUGAGGAGGAUCCAGAAGUUCAUCUGGGCCAGCUCAAAAGGUUUUCACUACGAGAACUGCAAGUUGCUACUGAUGGCUUUAGCAACAAAAACAUUCUUGGUAGAGGUGGAUUUGGUAAGGUGUACAAGGGACGCCUUGCUGAUGGUUCAUUAGUUGCCGUGAAACGUCUAAAAGAAGAGCGCACACCAGGUGGGGAGCUACAGUUUCAGACAGAAGUAGAGAUGAUCAGUAUGGCUGUUCAUAGAAACCUCCUCCGGUUACGUGGUUUUUGCAUGACACCAACUGAACGCUUACUUGUCUACCCCUAUAUGGCCAAUGGAAGUGUUGCUUCAUGCUUAAGAGAACGUCCACCAUCAGACCCACCACUUGAAUGGGCAACACGGAAGCGUAUUGCUUUAGGGUCUGCAAGAGGGCUUUCAUAUUUGCAUGAUCAUUGUGAUCCCAAGAUCAUCCACCGUGAUGUGAAAGCAGCAAAUAUAUUAUUAGAUGAGGAGUUUGAGGCUGUUGUAGGAGAUUUUGGUUUGGCUAAGCUUAUGGACUACAAGGAUACCCAUGUUACAACUGCUGUCCGGGGCACAAUUGGACACAUAGCCCCCGAGUACCUUUCCACAGGGAAGUCAUCAGAGAAGACUGAUGUUUUUGGCUAUGGAAUUAUGCUUCUAGAGCUCAUCACUGGACAAAGGGCUUUUGACCUUGCUCGGCUUGCAAAUGAUGAUGAUGUCAUGUUGCUAGAUUGGGUAAAAGGACUUCUGAAAGAGAAGAAGUUGGACAUGCUGGUUGAUCCUGAUCUGAAGAAUAACUAUAUUGAAGGGGAAGUGGAGCAGCUGAUCCAAGUAGCAUUGCUUUGUACGCAAGGCUCCCCAAUGGACCGGCCCAAGAUGUCAGAGGUGGUGAGAAUGCUUGAAGGCGAUGGCUUGGCAGAGAGGUGGGAGGAGUGGCAGAAAGUGGAGGUGGUCCGCCAGGAGGUUGAUUUUGCACCCCAUCGGAACUCGGAAUGGAUAGUUGAUUCCACGGAAAACCUUCAUCCUGUCGAAUUGUCUGGUCCAAGAUGACCUUAUCAGGACCAAAGUAAAGAAGAAGGAAAUUAUUUACCACUUUUUUUGAUAUUUUUUUUCUUCACCUUUCUUACCAUCUUGUCAGUCUUUUGUAAGCGCAUCCUGUAUCCAAAAGUGAAAUUCAUCACGUCUGUGAAUAUGAAUCUUUCCGGGGCCAUUUGUAUUAUCAUCUGCAGCCAUUUCUCAAUGAUGAUGUAAUACUUGAAAGAGAUGAUCUGUUGCAGUUUGACCUUACUAGGUGCCGAAGGCAAACUCAGCCAAAGAACGCAUCACUGUAUGUCAUGUUAUGCAGUUCAAAUGGUUUGUGUGCUUAACAGAA